AUGAAAUAUGGUCAAGUAGUAGUAGGGCCAGCUGGAAGUGGAAAAACAAAUUAUUGCAAAUUAAUGAAAGAAUUUAUGAGAAUAAAGAAAAGAAAUUGUUAUGUUAUCAAUUUAGAUAGUGCUAGUGAAGAAUAUUAUUAUGAAAGAAAAAAAAAGCCAAUGAAUACAACAUCUAGUAUUGAAAAAGAACUAACUGAUAUUUAUGAUACAAUUUAUGAUAUUGAUAUUAGGAAUUAUGUUGAAGUAAAUUCCUUAAUGGAAGAACAAAUGCUUGGUCCUAAUUGUGCUUUAUUAAAAAGUGUUGAAUUAUUAUAUGAAAAUUCAUAUAUAUUAGAAGAUGAAUUAAAUAAUUAUGACGAUGAUGAUAAUUACUUUAUUAUUGAUACACCUGGACAAAUAGAAUUAUAUACACAUACAGAUUAUUUUAAAAAAAUUUUAAAUAUAUUCACAAAUCAAAAUAUAAGAUUAAUUAUUGUUUUUCUAAUAGAUAUUUCUUUUAUUAGUUCUAAUACUAAAUUAUUAUCUGCAUACUUAACUAGUCUGUCAACGAUGAUAAAUUUUGAGCUACCUCAUAUUAACAUAUUAACUAAAUGCGAUCUUAUGGUAAGUAAAAACUAUUAUGAAGAAUUCAAAAAAUUUAAAAAUAAUAAUAAUUUUUUUUUUCAAAAACAAUUAUACAAAAAAAUUAAUAAAAAAAUAAAAACUUUUAAAGAUAUACAAAAUAACAUAGAAGAUUAUAAUGAUAAUGAUUCAUUUUUAAAUGAAUUAGAAUUUGUAAAUAAUAAAAAAUCAUUUAAAGAUGAGUAUAUAUUAUGUUCUGAUUAUGAAAAUAAAAGUAUUUCUGGUUAUUCCUCUUCAAAUAUAUCAGAAAAAAAUGCAAGUUCUAUGAGUAAUACAUCAGAGCAUAGUAGUGUAUUUUACGAAGAAAAUGAAGAACAAAUAUACAAAAAAAAUUUUGAAAAAUUAAAUGAUAUACUUUCUUUAGAUCCACAUGAUAUUAUUAUUAGAGCCAACAAAUGUAUGUCAAAAAAGUAUUACAAAUUAAAUAAUGCUUUUGCACAUAUUAUUGAAGAUUUUAAUUUAGUAUCAUUUUUACCUUUAAAUAUUUAUGAUGAUGAUAAUGUUGAUUUUAUAAUAAAUUCAAUAGAUAUGAUAAUCCAAUAUGGAGAAGAUAAAGAUGUAAACGAUAAUUAUGAUAUGUAA